AGCCACCGCGGUCACCUGCGCGGCGCCGUCGCCCUCGCCCUUGCGCUCCCGCUGCCCGGCCCGCGGCCGGCGGACUUUGCGGAGGGCGCCCGGCGUAGGCGGCGGCGGGUGUGGGCCGAGCCGGUAUUUAUAGCUCGGUGACAGCAGCCGCGGCAGAGACACCGCCUGUCUGUCUCGCCGCGCUUCCCAGCGAGGCCGUGGGCGCCUCGGAGGGCUGUGCCCGAUCGUGUCCCGGCGAGCAGGCGCCCCGAGCCCGCGCGGCCCCCUCGGCCUGGCUCCCAGAAAGGAAAGAGAGAGGAGCUGAGCAAGACUUCGGAGGUGGGAUCUAGACAUCAUUUUAAGAAAGCUUCUGUGCUUCCAGUGCACCUCCAGGUAAACUACAGAAUUGAAGUUUUGAAGGAUGGGUAAAGACUUUCGUUACUAUUUCCAGCAUCCCUGGUCUCGCAUGAUUGUGGCUUACUUGGUGAUCUUCUUUAACUUCUUAAUCUUUGCGGAGGACCCAGUGUCUCAUAGCCAAACCGAAGCCAAUGUUAUUGUUGUUGGAAACUGUUUUUCAUUUGUAACAAAUAAAUACCCUAGAGGAGUUGGCUGGAGGCUUCUGAAGGUGCUUCUAUGGCUACUCGCCAUUCUCACAGGACUAAUAGCUGGCAAAUUUCUGUUCCAUCAACGUUUGUUUGGUCAGUUGCUCCGCUUAAAAAUGUUUCGCGAGGAUCACGGGUCGUGGAUGACAAUGUUCUUCAGCACAAUUCUCUUUCUCUUCAUAUUUUCUCACAUAUACAACACGAUUCUUCUAAUGGAUGGGAACAUGGGAGCAUAUAUCAUUACAGACUAUAUGGGCAUCCGAAAUGAAAGUUUCAUGAAAUUAGCUGCUGUAGGGACCUGGAUGGGGGACUUUGUCACUGCCUGGAUGGUCACUGAUAUGAUGCUUCAGGACAAACCCUAUCCUGAUUGGGGAAAAUCCGCGAGAGCUUUCUGGAAGAAAGGAAAUGUUAGGAUCAUUUUAUUCUGGACGGUUCUGUUCACUCUGACUUCUGUGGUUGUCCUCGUCAUUACAACUGACUGGAUCAGCUGGGACAAGCUGAAUCGGGGAUUUUUGCCCAGUGAUGAGGUCUCCAGAGCUUUCCUGGCUUCUUUCAUUUUGGUCUUUGACCUCCUUAUUGUAAUGCAGGACUGGGAAUUCCCACAUUUCAUGGGAGAUGUUGAUGUAAACCUCCCUGGUUUGCAUACGCCUCACAUGCAGUUCAAGAUCCCUUUCUUCCAGAAGAUCUUCAAGGAGGAAUAUCAUAUUCACAUAACAGGUAAAUGGUUUAACUAUGGAAUUAUCUUUCUCGUCUUGAUUUUGGAUCUUAAUAUGUGGAAGAACCAGAUAUUUUAUAAGCCUCAUGAAUACGGUCAGUAUAUUGGCCCAGGGCAGAAGAUAUAUACAGUGAAAGACUCAGAAAGUUUAAAGGAUUUGAACAGAACAAAGCUCUCCUGGGAAUGGAGGUCCAAUCACACUAACCCUCAGACAAAUAAAACGUAUGUUGAGGGAGACAUGUUUCUGCACAGCAGGUUCACAGGGGCUAGCCUUGAUGUCAAGUGUAUGGCUUUUGUUCCAAGUCUGAUAGCAUUUGUGUGGUUUGGAUUCUUCAUUUGGUUCUUUGGACGGUUUUUGAAAAAUGAGCAAGGCAUGGAGAACCAAGACAAGACUUACACUCGCAUGAAAAGAAAAUCCCCAUCAGAACAUAGCAAAGACAUGGGCCUCACUCGAGAAAACACCCAGGCCUCAGUGGAAGACCCUUUGAACGACCCUUCUUUGGUUUGCAUCAGGUCCGACUUCAAUGAGAUUGUCUUCAAGUCCUCUCACCUGACAUCAGAAAACUUGAGCUCGCACUUGAACGAGCCUACCAGCGUGACACAAGCUGACCCUGACCCAACGACUUCUAAAAGUACGCCUACGAACUAGACUCAUUUACUUGGAGAUAGCACAAAAAGCAACCCUGAGUGUAACUUUAAACAGUUUGUCUUUCUUUUUGUAAAUGUAAGGUUUACUUUGUGUUAGGUAGAGAAAUACAAACAAUGCCACAACGGUGCUCAACAUGCUUUUUCUAGGACUCAUUGUUUUCUAUUUGUAUUAUGAUACAUGUGCCUACUGUAUAUCUAACAGCCCCCUAGAGAUUGCUUUUCACAAUUGCACAAGCUACUUACUGACUUUACAGCGUAGUAGAUUAGCUGAUUACCUGUGUAUCUGAUGUUCAACCAUAGUGGUGCCUUGAGACAUUAAACUGUUUUUAACUGUACCAGAAACGAAGUGUGGAACAGUUCUCUAAUCUACUUCACAUGGGGUUUUUUUGUAUACAAUUAUUUUGGCCUCUACUUGAUGUCUGACCAGGAAACAAAUGUAGCCUUGCUGUGGCUCAGGAAGUAUCUCUUGGUUUCUUAUUCAGCAGCGGAGUUGGUGACUUUGAUAGCUGGACUGCAAUGACACAUGGUGAUAACCUUUGAAUUUUUAUUGGCUGUUGGCCAAAUCCAAAUACAGAUGCAAAAUUCCCUAAUAGGCGAAUGAUAAUCCAGCAUGGGUCACUACUCAUGAAAUGUGACUUUCUCAAACAAGUAAUUGCAGUUAGA